CUCAACUCUGUUGCAUUCGAAUCGCCAGUCUCGUUUGCUUCCCUGUGUAUAAACUGCUUUUGCCGUUGCUCCAGUCGCUUUCGACUCUUCGGAUGGAAGAGAAGAAUGAGAAAUUUGGUCAUGGGGCUCAGCAAGCAGUUCAAAGGUCUUCUGUGUAUGAUCAAAAGGCCAUCAAAGUAACUUCAGCGGAUAGCAACAGCAACAGGGAACACACUUCCUUUAAUUUGGAUUUGGAUGCCACCAGACAUGUCUCUGUUGUUGUUCUUAACAAAGAGGAUAACAUACUGAAAGUUUUGCAUCCUUCACCGGGAAGAAUGAACACUCAUAGAGAGAGAAAACUGCUUGUCCUUGAUGUUAAUGGGUUACUUGCAGAUAUAGUUUGUCCCCCGCCAAAGGAUUGUAAAGCAGACACAAACAUCUUAAGACGAGCAAUUUUCAGGAGACCAUUCUGUAGUGAUUUUCUGAAGUUCUGCUUUGAGAGAUUCAGUGUAGGCAUUUGGUCUUCAAGAUCUAGGAAAAUUAUUGAUAGAAUAGUUGAUUAUUUGUUGGGAGAUAUGAAGUACAAGCUGGUAUUUUGUUGGGAUCUAUCUCACUGCACUAGGACAGGGUUCAAAACUCUUGAAAACAAGCACAAGGAAUUGGUCUUUAAGGAGCUGAGGAAAAUAUGGGAAGGAAAUGAUACUGAUCUUCUGUGGGAGAAGGGACAUUAUAAUGAAUCAAACACUUUAUUGUUGGAUGAUUCUCCAUACAAGGCCUUGCUGAAUCCCAGGAACACUGCAAUCUUCCCUUAUUCAUACAACUUCAAGGAUGGGAGUGACAAUUCCUUAGGUCCUGAGGGUGACAUUCGUCUUUAUCUAGAAGGCUUAGCAACAGUUGAAGAUGUAAAGAAAUAUGUGGAGGAACAUCCGUUUGGUCAGAGGGCCAUUGAUGAAGCAAGCUCAUCUUGGGACUACUACCAUAGGGUUAUCUUGAGUUGCUCCCUUGUACCUUCCAGGAUAUAGAUUGCUGUUGCUUUCCUUUUGUCUCUCCUUAAUUAGUCAAGAGAUUAUGGUAACUUCCCGCUUCAGAAAACCCCUAUAGAGAUGACAACUUUACCAUCAAAUACUGACAUCAAGCCUGAUCAUACACCGACAAGGAUUUUUUCAGUUGAUGUAUACCAUACUGCCCGCGUUUCCAGACCUUGUUCAUCAUUUCCACUCUGGGAAUUUUGGGCCUUUUUUGGGUUGAGAUGGAAGAAGUUUCCAUGUCAAGGUUGGAAUGUUUUUUGUUUUUCAGCACUGAACAGGUCAUCAUCAAAUGCUUUUGUGUAAAUGAAGCUUCAUUGUUCACCACCCAAUUGUACUGACCAUUCGUCACAUGAGCUUGGAUGAAAGCUAGAAAACUUUAGUUGUCAUUUUAAGCUUCUUCCUGUGUGUGUUAGUUCUUAGGUGUUGGCAAUAAUCUUACUCUUAUUUCCAGGAAAAUGUGCUAGAGCAUAAGGGCCCA